GUGUGCGUGUGUGUGAGAGCUCAAGAUUCCAGCUGUUCCAGUGUGUUUAGAUGUAGGUGGUGGUAGAGCUUGUCAGCAUGUCUCUAUUUGCAGGUUAAUUGCUUUUCAGUUUGAAUACGCAUACACGAGGACCAUGCUGACCCACAUCAGAGCCCGGAGCAGGAGUUUGUUCCCCAGCUACAAGAUCGGCAGCUGGGCCGAAGCCGACUAUCUGGACUUUACGAACACCUUUGUCAAGCCAUGGAACUCAAUGCAGGAUCUGAGCAGAGACAUCUAUGACAUUUAUGCUGAGUAUGAAAUUGAGGAGGAAGAUCGACUCCCGGUGUCUCCUUCCCACCUGCUGCUCUCUCCAACCAAACACUUUACUCUCAACAUCAACGUUGGUGGAACGGUGUACCACUUGCCCUACAGGUUAGCUGCCAGGUAUCCGAAGACAAGGAUCGGCCAGUUGGCCACGUACACAGACCACAGUAAGAAGUUGGGUCUGUGUGACGACUACAUUGUCCAGAGCAAGGAGUUCUUCUUUGACCGGGACCCUAAAGUCUUCCAUAACAUCUUCAACUUCUACAGGACUGGAGUGUUGUGCAUUAAAGACGAGCUGUGUCCCCACAGCUUCCUGGAGGAGAUAAACUACUGGGGCGUCAGAAUCAAAAACAGCCAACGCUGCUGCCGCAUCUCCUUCGAAGAGAGGCAGGACGAGCUGAACGAGCAACUGAAAAUACAGAAGCAGCUGAUAGCAGAGAUGGAGAUGGAGGAGAACGAGGUGUUAUUUGAUGGCUUGGCCUUCGGGACGGCCCGAAAGAUGAUCUGGAACCUGAUGGAGAAGCCCUUCUCCUCGGUCGCCGCUAAGCUGAUGGGUGUUGCCUCCUCCAUUUUCGUGCUGGUCUCGCUGGUCGCCAUGACGCUCAACACCGUGGAGGAAUUGCAGUACAAGACGGCGUCGGGCCAGCUCAGCGGCAGAUUCUAUGGCGAGUACGUGGAGACGUUCUGCAUCUCCUUCUUCACCCUGGAGUACCUGCUGCGCCUGGUGUCCACCCCCGACCUCAAGUGUUUUGGACGCAGCAUGCUGAACACCGUCGACCUGGUGGCCAUCUUGCCGCACUACCUGCAGAUGGUGCUGGAGUGCUUCGAGGACCAGGACAUACACCUGCACUCGGGGGACAUCGAAACCGUGGCGCGUGUCGGGAAGGUGGGUCAGGUUCUGAGGAUCAUGCGUCUGAUGCGAAUCUUCAGGAUCUUGAAGCUGGCUCGUCACUCGACAGGCCUCAGGGCCUUCGGCUUCACACUGAGACAGUGCUACCAGCAGGUGGGCUGUUUGCUGCUCUUCAUCGCCAUGGGCAUCUUCAUGUUUUCAGCCAUGGUGUACACUGUGGAGCAUGACGUUUACAACACCAACUUCACCUCCAUCCCACACGCAUGGUGGUGGGCUGCUGUGAGUAUUUCCACUGUGGGCUACGGCGACAUGUUACCUGAGACCAACCUGGGCCGCAUCUUCGCCUUCGCCUGCAUCUCCUUCGGCGUCAUCCUCAAUGGCAUGCCCAUCUCCAUCCUCUACAACAAGUUCUCCGACUAUUACACCAAGCUCAAGUCCCACGAGUACGCCGCCGUCACCAAGGCCCGCGGGAAGAUGCACUUCGCCAAGAGGGCGGCCAAGAAGUUGCGAGGGCGCCGCUCAGCCGAGGACCUCCCGCCGGCCGUGAGCCGGGUUGUAGACCUCCAGAUUUACAGUAGGAUGGGUCUGACGGUCAGGGAUGUGAAAUGAACCCGGGACAUUUCGCAAAGACUAUUUAAACAAUGUGGCAGAAUUAGACAGCAGGAGACACAGUUUGAACCAGUUCCCUGCUGAGACAUCUUAAACUGUCUAUAGUCCUCAGUUAAGACACAUUAGUUAGCACUAAACGAACCAAAGUCCUCAAAAGCUACAUAUAUAAAAGGCACCAAGGCUGAAUUUUGGGAAAGAGACUUCAGAUACGGUAUUAGGGACCACUGAGGGCUAUAUAAAAGAGACAGAUACAGUAUUAGGGGACCACUAAGGUUUAUUUAAAAGAGACUUCAGAUACAGUAUUAGGGGACCACUAAGGUCUAUAUAAAAGAGACUUCAGAUA